GACCAACAUUUUUUUGUGUACAUACAGUGAUAAAAUAAAUGAAAAAUUGUCUCCUUAUUAGAUUGGCAAAAAACACAAGACUCUUCUAUGUUUAUUUUAAAUCUUCUUAAAGUAUCUUUAACAGGAUAAAUUUGAUGCAAUUAUUACUUAUUAUGCAAUCUUUCACUUUAUUAUUAAUACAGUAUUUGUGAAUAGAAGUAUUUGCAUUUUUCCAAUUUAAAUCACCCAUGGUUGAACACCAACAUUUUUUUGCAGCAGGUGGAAUCGAGCACGAAAUUAGAAUUCUAAUAAAUUAAUUGCUGCAUUUUGACCUCAUGUUGUAGGCUAUGCAUUAUUAUUUACAAUAUACACGAUUGCGGAUGACGCUACAAACGCGGAGGCGGGGUUAGCGUCGAUGACGUUGAAAGAUAGGGGCGUGGCCAGAGCGCGGGAUUAUUAUGGUCCUGUUUGCAGUGCGCACAGUAUGAGAACGAGCGAGAGGGGCUCCGUUACACUCAUCCUGUGAGAAAUGGAUCAUCACAACGCUUUAUUAUUGACACCUAUUUCUUCCACGUACAUGUAAUCUGCAAAAUCAGCCCUUUAGAUGGCAUUUAUUUUCAACAGUGCUUGUUCAGUAUGACUGACGGUAGGUGUCUGUGAAUUGGACGUUUGGAAAACCUUCGAUUAUGGACAUGGAUAAAUGAAAGGGACGUCAUCUGAAAACUCUGUGCAGUGUUUGACAUCGGUGAGCUUUUCUGAGCCAUGUAUGCUGAUUUACAUGAAUUUUGAACUCAUUUUCUGAAGGAUUAUUAUGUAUAUAUUGUGUUUUGCAACUGUGAUUGUGAACUGGAGACGUAUUCGUCACAUAUCUCUGACCUUACAAUAGCCAUACUCACACUUGUUCUAGGUCGACAGACUUUUUAAAUCCUUCACCAAGCGUCGUCUUAGUAUUCUGAAAUAUGGCUUUACCCGACAAUGCCGUAGAGGAGCUGGCCUUUCCAGAAAUUAUCGAACUCAACGUAGGAGGUCAGGUGUAUAUAACCCGCUACUCGACUUUAACAAGUGUGCCAGAAUCCCUCCUGUGGGAAAUGUUCAGUCAGAAGAGCACAAAAAACCUGGCUCGUGACACCAAAGGUCGUUUUUUCGUCGACAGAGAUGGCUUCCUGUUUCGCUACAUUCUGGACUACAUGCGGGACCAGCAGCUCGUCCUUCCGGAUCACUUCCCGGAGCGAGGACGUCUUCAGCGGGAGGCCGAAUUCUUCAACCUCCCGGAUCUGGUUAAACUGUUGGCACCGAAGAUCAGCAAGCAGAACUCUCUGGGCGACGAGGGCUGCCAGAGCGACCCCGAGGACCCCUCGCCCAGCGCCGAAAUCCCCCGAAACCUCGCCUCCCUCGGGGCGGCCGCGUGCUCAAGCCUGGCGUCCGGCGCCGGAGACGGCAAGUGCUCCGGGUUCAUCACCAUCGGCUACCGGGGCUCCUACACUCUCGGCCGGGAUAGUCAAACAGACGCCAAGUUUCGACGAGUGGCUCGGAUUAUGGUGUGCGGGAAGACUUCCCUCGCCAAGGAGGUUUUUGGGGAAACGUUGAAUGAAAGCCGUGACCCCGAUCGCCCCCCAGAGCGCUACACGUCACGCUAUUACCUGAAGUUUACUUUCCUGGAGCAGGCGUUUGACAGGUUAGCCGACGCCGGUUUCCACAUGGUGGCCUGCAACUCCACGGGGACCUGCGCCUUCGCCCAUGAGCAGACUGAUGACAAAAUCUGGGCCAACUACACCGAAUAUGUAUUCUACCGAGGCAAAUCCUCCCUGCCGCGUUGCUUCAGUGAUCCAGAUAUUGAGGGAGCAGUGGAGGAGACCAUAUAUAAACCACACAUCUCUAAAGUCUGUAGCCUUGAUGACGCACAUUUUGCCCUUGACCUGGACAAUGAAUCUCUGUCAGACCCUCUUCCACCCCUUCCCCCACCCAUGGACAGCCCUGUCCUGCCCCUGCCCCGGGACCCGAGCCCCCCUCCACAGCCCGCUAUCAGUCCCGCUCGCCCCACCACUUUGUCUCUGAAAACACUUCCCCGACCCACAGUCACCAACACCAUGACCUCCGCCACCACCUCCAUUACCAGAGAGAAUGGUGGGCCGAUAUGCAAAGACCCAGAGGAAGAUGAGAAGAAGGUGAUGGAGGAAGAGCUGAAGAAAUGCAUAGAGGAUUUCAGGAAAAUCCGCAUCCCAAAACUUUUCCCUGACCGCAAGAGGCACUGGCAGAGCGAUCUGCUCAAAAAAUAUGAGUAAUAUGGAUAAACCACCCUGCUGAAAACACCAGCAUGGUUUUGGGUUCCUGGUUGAGUUGCACUAUAGCUAUAGGCCUAUGUAAGUUACUUUGCCUAGUUGUGGCGUAAAGGAGCACUAAGUUGUAUAAUGUGAAUAAAUGACAUGUUAGAGGCUCUUCAACACAAACCUGUGUGGUUCACUCUGUUUUGCAUGCCAAACAAACCCAAACGAUCUAAACAAAUAAAUAAAAUUUCUUGAAUCAAUCUUUAUGUAUUGCUAAUUAUUCAUUUUAUAUAUAGUUUCUGAAAGUUAUACUUUCAUAAAAAUGCUUAUGUUAUAUUAAGAAUAUGGGCCAGAUUUACUAACAGCUUUCACCAGCGCAAACCCUCUUUUGGCAUUAAAAAACUAUAGGGCUUGGGCGCCGCGUUGCAUUCUGGGACGUGGCGGCCAUAUUGACAGCUUCGCAAAUGUAAACAAACCAGCAAGUUGAAU